UACCAGAAUCACAUGUGGAUGGUCGUGUGCUUAGUCACUCCCUUCAGCAAUAAUAAAUCUUCUUUGCUGUUCUUCUGUGCCGCGUCCGGGAGAUCUUAUCAGCCCGGUGUCUCAUUUAAUUCCAAUCUCCGUUAACACUUAAGAACCAAGUUAUAAAUUCAUGUGCCACGUCUUCACGCGGCGUAAAAAUUCAUCAUAUCUUUCUACAACAAUGCAGCUCAGUCUGCACCUCUCGUGCCUUCUCAGACAAUAGAUUCAUUUGAUAUAUCUUCCUCCGCCAACGCAAAACGCUCUUCACGGAAAGACCAACAUCUAUUCUCUACAAUAUCGCUGCUGCGUACAUUUGCCUUUGCUCGACGGGCAUUUACUGGUGUCAUUCGAAUACCCUGUUUGCCAAAUUUCACAAUGCCGAGAUCAUUUCCAGAUAUUCCGGCUACUCCGCGAGUCAUAUCUCCUUCCCCAACUCCAUCUGAAAUCUCGCGAAAUGGAGAGUAUUUUGGACCUAUGACCAGAUCUGCGAGGAAGAGGCUGUCAGCGCAGGCGCCCCCGAUAGAUGAAGGAAUAGAUGAGGAUGAGACUGAUGCCGAGGAUUCAGCUAUUGAGCUGGAUAGAUCCAGGUCAAGGAGCCGAAGUCCUCUAAGAUCUCGGAAAACGGCAAAGCCCAUAGUCAAGACUACAAAAAAUAUUUCCAAGCCUGAAGAAGUUGUAAAGUCAGAAGAAACAAAUGGUACAAAUGGAAAGGCCUCGAAUGGGCAUCUUUCCCCCACGACGGCAAGGUCAGGCUGGAGCUGGAGAGACUUUAGCAGAAGUCCCAGUCCUUUGGGACUUAUACCCAUCCACAAACAAUGGAGGUCAUUUGUGCACCGCCAUGAAAUACCAAGGAAGUUGUUGCACGUUUCGAUAGGAUUCUUCACAAUCUGGCUUUAUAUAUCUGGUGUUCAAACAGAUGCAAUUACACCUUAUCUAAUGGGGGCUCUAAUCCCCAUUGCAACCGUGGAUUAUGUUCGGCAUAAUUACCCGGCUUUCAAUAACUUAUACGUACGAUUGCUCGGGGCUUUCAUGCGGGAAACUGAGUACGCUGGAUGGAAUGGUGUCAUCUGGUAUUUACUUGGCGCGUGGAUCGUACUUAGAUUUUUUCCGAAAGAUAUCGGUGUGAUGGGAAUACUCCUUUUGAGUUGGUGUGAUACGGCGGCGAGUACCGUUGGACGAGCCUACGGGGGAUAUACUCCCAGGAUAAGACAAGGUAAAUCACUUGCUGGGUCUCUUGCUGCAUUUGCAGUUGGCGUGGUCACCGCAGCCGUAUUUUGGGGAUGGUUAGCACCAAGGACCGGUCCCUUUCCAGAUGAUCUGGACUGGCCUUUUAUGUUCUCGGGAGAAUUGAUUCUUCCUGCGGGAAUCCGGGACCUCAUUGGUUUGAGUGAGGCUCAAAGUAUUGUUUCUGGUGGUUUAGCUUUGGGCGUAAUGAGUGUAUGGACCGGUUUCACGGCCGCGGCUAGUGAGGUGGUGGACAUAUUUGGGUGGGAUGACAACUUGACGAUCCCAGUACUCAGUGGGUUUGGGAUGUGGGGGUUUUUGAAGAUAUUUGGGUAGGAGGAUAAGGGACAAUAUAAUCAUAGGGCACAGGAGGCGUUCCGGGUAGCUCAACAUAGCGAGAGUUUGGAUGGAGCGAUAAAGCAGGCAAAUUCUCAUGUGCAUAUAUAGAUUCACUUCACACCGAGUUUAUGUUCAUGUAGGAGGGGGAUACAAAAUAGAUGUAUUAGUAGGACGAUCCGAAAAUUCUAAACACCAAGCAUAAGCAUGCAGUGAGAGCUGGGUGGCCAAUUUGACGAUAAUUCCGAAAUGAAGCAUGUGAGGAAAAUCUAGGCAUACAAAUUCACGAAUUGAUAGACAUUAUUGGUUGAAAGGAUAAA